AGAGUCAACAGGGACCACUAGCUGUGUGGGACUGGGACAGAAGCACCAGUCUUCAGACAGCUGAAUCCCAGAGAGACUUGGAGGACAGAGAUGGACACGGGAAAGGAGACAGCCACAGGGUUAUCCUGUCUCUCUCUGGCUUACCUCUAGAGAUGACCCAGUUAUUAUCUAUACUCGAGCUAAGUGGUAUCAGGAGGACAAUAAAGGCUAAUAACUUCUAAUUACCUGGGCCUCCGUGGAUUUUACCUGUAAUGACUCACCUAAUGUGAUACCUGUGGAUAUCUCACUGAUAUUGACUUGUUCUGCUACACUGCACGUACCUCUGGAGUUGUGUCUCUCAUCACAGAGAGCUUGCAGUCAGUCAAGUAAUGGAGGCAGUCUUGUUAGGUCUUGACGAGGCCGUCUGCACUCGGCAGGGGCUGCUGUCAACUCUCACCUCAACAGCCCUCCGACGCCUUCGUGUGCAUGCCAGGAACCUCCCUGCACCCCUACAUCUAUUACGCACACACAGGUGUGUUUCAAGGCCACUCUACCAGAUGACAGAGGGGAGGCGAUGUCAGGUCCAUCUCCUGGACGACAGGAAGCUGGAGCUCCUUGUACAACCCAAGCUGAUGGCCAAGGACUUGCUGGACCUUGUGGCCUCUCACUUCAACCUCAAGGAGAAGGAAUACUUUGGAAUUGCAUACACAGACGAAACGGGCCAUUUUAGUUGGCUGCAGUUGGACCGCAGGGUACUAGAACAUGAGUUCCCCAAGAAGUCUGGUCCUAUUGUCCUCUACUUCUGUGUCAGGUUCUACAUAGAGAGUAUAUCCUACCUGAAGGACAAUGCCACUAUUGAACUGUUUUUCCUUAAUGCAAAGUCCAUCAUCUACAAGGAGCUUAUUGAAGUGGACAGUGAUGUUGUCUUCGAAUUGGCUUCCUUUAUUCUACAAGAGGCUAAAGGUGAUUUCACCAGUAAUGAUGCAACCAGGUCUGACCUGAAAAAGCUGCCCGCUUUGCCCACCCAGGCCCUAAAGGAGCACCCAUCUCUAGCCUACUGUGAAGACCGGGUUGUAGAGCAUUACAAGAAGCUCAAUGGGCAGUCCAGAGGGCAAGCUAUUGUAAAUUAUAUGAGCAUUGUAGAGUCUCUCCCCACAUAUGGAGUACAUUACUAUGGUGUUAAGGACAAGCAGGGGAUCCCAUGGUGGUUGGGUCUGAGCUAUAAAGGCAUCUUUCAGUAUGACCACCAAGACAAAGUUAAACCCAGGAAGGUGUUCCAAUGGCGUCAGUUGGAGAACCUCUACUUCAGAGAGAAGAAGUUUUCAGUGGAAGUUCAUGACCCCAGGAGGGCGUCGGUGACAAGAAGGACGUUUGGUCACAGUGGCAUCGCUGUGCAUACGUGGUACGCCUGUCCGGCCCUCAUCAAGUCCAUCUGGGCCAUGGCUAUCAGCCAACACCAGUUCUACCUGGACCGCAAGCAGAGCAAGUCUAAGAUCCAUGCUGCGCGGAGUUUGAAUGAGAUUGCUAUAGACCUUACGGAAACAGGAACUCUGAAGACCUCCAAACUUGCCAACAUGGGAAGCAAGGGCAAAAUUAUAAGUGGCAGCAGUGGCAGUCUGCUAUCGUCAGGCUCUCAGGAAUCGGACAGCUCCCAGACAGCUAAGAAGGACAUGCUGGCAGCCUUGAGAGCCCGGCAAGAAGCUCUGGAGGAAACGCUAAAAAAGAGACUCGAGGAACUCAAGAGCAUCUGCAUCAGGGAGGCGGAGCUAACAGGAAAGCUUCCGAAGGAAUAUCCUCUGGAACCAGGAGAGGAGCCACCCACAGUGAGGCGGAAGAUCGGUACCGCCUUCAAACUAGACGAGCAGAAAAUUCUUCCUAAGGGAGAGGAAGAGGAACUGGAGCGUUUGGAGCGGGAGUUUGCUAUUCAGUCCCAGAUUACAGAGGCAGCCAGGCGUCUUGCCAGUGAUCCUCACGUCAGCAGUAAGAAGCUGAAGAAGCAGAGGAAGACUUCUUAUCUGAACGCACUGAAGAAGCUCCAGGAAAUUGAGAACUCGAUCAAUGAGUACCGGGUCCGCUCUGGCAAGAAGCCUACGCAGAGAGCGUCGCUUAUCAUAGAGGAGGCCAAUAUUGGUUCUGAAGACAGUUCAUUGUCUGACGCACUUGUCUUGGAUGAUGAUGAUCCUCAAGUUACAGGUACUCCAACCUUCUCUCCAGUAGCAUCGCCUCAUAAGGGACUCCCUCCUCGACCACCAUCUCACAGUCGGCCCCCUCCUCCACAGUCCCUGGAUGGACUGCGACACCUGCACUACUCACGCCCUGACUACGAUAAAUCACCCAUCAAACCCAAGAUGUGGAGUGAAUCGUCACUGGAUGAGCCCUAUGAAAAAGUCAAGAAACGCUCCUCUCAUUCCAGUCACAGGCGUUUCCCAAGCUCUGGCAGUGCAGAAGCAGGGGGUAGUAACUCUCUGCAGAGCAGCCCCAUCAGGAGCCUCCCUCACUGGAACUCUCAGUCCAGCAUGCCGUCAACUCCAGACCUGAGGACCAGGACCCCACACUACGUACAUUCCACUAGGUCAGUGGACAUCAGUCCCACACGUCUGCACAGCCUCGCUCAGCACUUUAGGAACCGCAGCUCAAGCCUUGAGUCCCAGGGCAAACUGUUGGCGCCCGACCCUGACACAAACCCGCACACCCUGGGCACACUGGGCAGCCCUGACUUUUUCUUGGUCCCAGGGCGCAACUCCAAUGGCUCUGACCCACUGGACGACUGCUCAUCCUGCACCAGCCAAAGCAGCUCGGAGCACUACUACCCCUCUGGAGGCCCCGGCAGCAACCCCAAUUACUCUACUCUGGGGGAGGACUCACCCUCCAAAGCCAGGCAGAGGCAAAGGCAAAGGCACAGGUCGGCAGGUCACCUGGGUUCCUCUAACUCCGGUUCCAUGCCAAACCUGGCAGCUAAAAAUGGCUCUGGUGGAGGCUCGGGUGGAGGGGGGAUGGGAGGGGGACACCACGGAGUCUACCUCCACAGCCAGAGCCAACCCUCCUCCCAGUACCGCAUCAAGGAGUACCCACUUUACGUGGAGGGCAGCCCCAACCCUGUGGUAGUGCGCAGCCUGGAGAGCGAUCAGGAGGGCCACUACAGCGUCAAGGCCCAGUUCAAGACCUCCAGCUCCUACACCGCCGGGGGACUGUAUAAGGAGGCCUGGGGGGGAGACGAGGGAGGAGAGGGGAGCGGCCGACUCACGCCGUCGCGCUCUCAGAUCGUACGGACACCGUCAUUGGGGCGAGAGGGUGGUGGAAGCGGAGCAGGGGGGAGAGCAGCCGUGUCUGAAGAGCUGCGGUGCUGGUACCAGAGGUCCUCAGGGAGCCUGAAAGAGAGAAGUCACUCACACUCGGGAUCUACCCCCUCUGAGACAGGGUCACAGCAAGGCACUCUGGGACAUGGUCGAGGGAGUAGAGUAGGGACACUCGCCAAGGGCUCACCAGCUGCAUCCCCUCACAGCCAGAGGAGUAUGACGCCCUCCAGCGAACAUGCAGCCACACCCACACCCCCCUGUAGCCCACAGCACAUCCUCAACUGGCAGAGCGGGUCUUUUAGUGACAGCUGUUUUCUCAGCAGCCCCCUGUGUUCAGAGCUGGCAGAUGUGCAGUGGUACGGACACGAUAAGGCCAAACCUGGAACCCUGGUCUGAGACCUUUUUAUAGGGCCCAGAAAAGUCCCAUUGCCCUCUCCUACUGCCUCUACCCUGCCUUGAUCGGACUGGCGGACUGGACAUGAGCCUCUAGCCCCUAUCCUCCCUAAAUCCUGCCCUCCAUCCAUCCCACCACCUCUUUAUUAUGCCCUUCUAUCACAGCUCAGCUGGACAGGGACACACUUGCUGCACUCUGAUAAGGGCCGAUCUCACAGGACAGACUGAGAAGUGCCACCUCAGCUGUUGAACUGUUGCCAUACAGCCAGCAGCCCAGAGCCCGUUCUUUACUCACCCUCAGCACACAAGCAAGGGGGAAAGGAGCGAUGGGAAGAGAGAGCACAUAAAAUAUCAACAUACAACUCAAACUCAACAGAACCAACAUCGGCCAUUCCAGAUGUGUUUCAUAUCGUAUCUUUGGUCCCCCCCCCCCCCCCCCCCCCACCCCACCUUAACUGACUCCAGUGCACUGCCACCCAAUCAGAGGAUACCUGCUGGAUUUGAGCCACCAGUUUAAAACCCAUUCCCAGGCCUAAAUGAACUGUGUUGGAUUUCAUUAUUGCCAUUAAUGGUGUUUGUUAAUUUGUCCCAGCAUAUUUAUAAGAAGAGAAGAUUACACAGACUUUUAAAAAUAAAUCUGGAUUAACAAACAUUUAGAUGACAAAUUCAACUCCUUUCAGUUUAACCCACAACCAAAGACAAGUUACUGGAUUACCUGGUCACACUGGGCUGGGGGCCCUGCAGGAAAGUGUCAGCCAACUGUAUGCGAGUGCAUUCACAGUGACAAUAUCAGGAUGGUUUAUGGGACUCUAUCUGGGAUAUUGAUAAGGACUAUAGCAAUAACAAACAUUGUUCAAGUUUAUGAACUGGUUUAAAUCAACAGAGUGAAUUGAAGCAGGUAUUUUGCUGUGUUCUCUGCCUUGUGAUGCUUGGCGUAAAAGAUCAUAAGUGGGGAGAAUUUGGAGUUGUGGUUAUUGGGUUUGGCAUUAAUCUAUGCUUAUUUUAAGUGACUUCCUCAAUCAUGAUAAUUUAAUGUCUUUGGUCUUUUCAAGAUUUGUCCACUAUGUCCACAUGUUUAGUCCACAAUUAUUGCAACAGUUGAUCCUGAUUCUGCGUUUUCACAUUUUUCAUUUUCACCCCUGAAGGUAAAAAAGAUUUCUAGCUGUUGACAUCUGUUGGCGUUAACUUGUUUUUGAUAUUGAGUUUUUUUCAGUGAUACAUCUCUGUAGUGAAUGAUCUUUUCUAUCACAAGUGUCUCUUCCUCUCCGUUGGUCUUGGCUCUAUACCGGCUCUCACCACACUGAGUAUCUGUCAGUCCCCUUUUAGUAGCAUUGUGCUUUCUCAUCUUUCUUUCCAUCUCUUCAGCAUGACCGGAGCAUCCUGACUGUGCACAGACAGUCUGAACUCAAUGUUGGCUAGAGCACACACACUGACAGUCACAACACCUCAUAUUAUAGGCAUGCAAGAUUAUAGUUUUAUUACUAUAAUUACUAUUAUAGUUUAGUGCCAAACAUGUUGGUGAUUUACAUUUGUACUGUAUACUGUGUUUUAGCACUGGAACUCAUUUGAGCUAUAGUACAGUCUAUAGCCAUUGUAUAAAACAGCAACAGACACUCAGACUUCUCAAUGAUUUGGCACCAAGUAUACAGUAGUAGGAAUUCUUCAAAUGUACUUUGAAAAGCACAACAUUAACAGUGUCUAUGAGGGCUGGACCUACAAUAAGUUUUUUUUUCAUUUUCCACUCUCAAUAUUUUAACAAUGAGUUAUAUAUCAAAGUGCAUAAGAGGAAACUAGAAAAGCCAGAACCACGGACAAGGUGUCACAUGAUAGUACUCUUAUUUGAAGCCAUAGCUAGAACUAAAACAAACAAUUCUUUAACUCUCUCAAAUUGGUGAGAAUUAUUUUCUGACACAUCCCAAUCAACAAUCAAAUAUUCAGAAUAGGGUUAGAAAAGCACACCUGGUUUUGUAAGAAGGAAGUCGAAAUCUGCAUGUUUUAGCUGUAUUUUUGAUCCAUUUUCCCUCAUCUUCUCUGAACCACUGUUUAUGUUAAGAAUCAGUUUAUAUUGUUGCACAAAAUCUGAAUUAAUCAAAUGUUAAUUUUACUAAGAUUAUGACAAAUUCUACAUCCUAGUGAUAGAGAAGUGGAUGUUUUUUUUGUUUUGUUCUUAUAGCACCAUUAUGUCUGGAUAAAUGGCGUAUCAUGUUGUAUGACAUGGGAAGGAAUGGUACGCAUCCUACCCUGUCCCUCAUAGUGUUGUGUUUCCUUUAUGCACUAACACAAGUUGUUGUAAUCUGCCACUUUCUAGACUAUUUAAAUAAGAAGAACCCUGCAUGGUUGGUUCUCCAAGAGUUACCCGCCCAUGCCUGGUCACAUUUGAUCGGCCUUUCCCCUGGACUGGAACCAGCACUACCUGGUUACCGUCAUAGGAAUGAAUGACCCUAGUGUGCUAAAGACACGAUCACAUGCAUGCCGUGAAGAUCCGCUGGAAAUUAAAAAAAAAAAAAAACCAAAGACAUUCAGCAUUCGACUUCUGUUUGCUAACAUUAGCAAGUGUUGCUCCAUAGUGUUUCCUCGAUCCAAGAAAGUUGUGGUGAUCUCUGACCUCUGAGCCCGAUGUGAAAAAGUGUGACGUCCCCCCCCUCUAUAGCUCCAAACACACCAUAUUUUCUGUGCUCCAUAGAAAUGUAUAAGGUUUUUGUAAUACUCCAAGAAAAAUGAACUAACUCUUUUAUCCGUCUUUUCUGUAUGUACGGAGGGGCACUGUAAGGUUUUGUGGGGGUUUUUAACAUUCACAUCAUUGUUUUAACAAUGUUCCAUUUUAUACAAAUCAGUAUUGUUUGUUCUUUUUCUUCUUUUUGUUGUGACAUUGUAACAACCCUUUCAGGUGCUACAAAAUGACCAGUUACUGCUUUGUCACGUAGGAUCUAGACAUCUUCAUGUUAUCAGUAGAUUCAAUUACCAGAUGUGCAAAAUGAAGCUUAUUUUAACAGACAGUUUAAUAGUAGAACACUUCCCCUAUCAGACAAUAGAGCAUGUAACUUGAUUUCAUCAGUUCUGUUCAACUGUAACAAUACAUUAAAGGUGUUGUAGAAAAAAUGUGGAAUCGGUUAAAAAAAUAUGUAAUUCCACAGUUAAUUUAUUCUUUUUUCUAUUAAAAAUUUGUAUAGUAACUUUACAUUUUUCAAAACUGUGUUGUUGGAAAUUGAUGAUGAAUUUUCAAGAGGAGAAGCAGUGGUGGUUCUUGAGAGUAAGAAAAAUAAAUUAUUGAUGAAUGUUCUCAA